UCCGCCCGCUGCUUUUGCCGCUUUGUUUAUCAGUCGAAUCCCUCGAUUUUGAGCCCCGGGCUCAUCAAGGUUUGAGAUCGACACCAUGCGUCAGCUUAGCAGGCUAGCACGACUGCCUCUACAGAGGCAUAAAGCGAGCGCUUGGGCUGAGAAUGCCAAGGUGCUCGAUUGGUCGCGAAGGUUUAGCGCAAUUUCUGCCGCGCAGGUGAAGGAGUUGAGAGAAAAGACUGGUGCUUCCAUGGGCAAGUGCCGGGAAGCUCUGAAGGAAGAGAACGGAGACUUGGAGAAGGCAGUGGACUGGCUGAAGAAGAGGGGCGUUCGUUCCAUGGAGAAACGAUCUGCCGAGUCAGCUGAAGCUUUGCUUUCUUUGGGCCUAGAUCGAGCUGGCACAAUUGUAGAGCUGCGGGCCGAGACAGACUUCGUCACACGGAGUGAGCUGUUUCAGCAGACAUUGCGACAUUUAGCACAAAUGAUAGCGGCAGCACCGGAUGAUGCAGCAGCCGGAAUCGAGGCUGCUAUGAACAUGCAGAUCCGGGAUGGUCCAAACAGACCGCCGCAGCUGCGAACAGGUGCAACUCUGUCAGAGGCGCUCCUGGAGCUGGGAAGUGUCCUGGGAGAGAAACUUGUUCUUGGAAACGUACACAUUCUGUCUCCACCGCCCGGUGGCAUUGUAGCUGGCUAUGUGCAUCCAAAAUCGGUUGAUAGCAUGCAGGGCACUGGGCGAAUGGCUGGCUUAGUCUCUUUGAGAUCACCUGACGGUUUGGGCAGCUCACCAGAUGCCUUCCACACAACUGCCAGCCGUUUAGCAAGACACAUUGUCGCUGCGCAGCCGCGGUUCGUCAGCGUUGAUAGCAUUCCGGCGGAGACCUUGCGGAAAGAGCGUGAGGUCUUCAAGGCUGCCCAUUUCGAGCAGAUCGGCCCGAGGAUGGCUGGCACCAUCACGGAGGAGGUUCUGAAAAAGGUCCUGGAUGGCAAGACCAAUAAGUUUUACCAGGAAUACGUCUUGGCAUGUCAAGAGCUUGUGAGUCCGCAGGUGUCAUCUGAGAAAAAGGUGGUACCAGUGGCGGAGUGGCUUGAGGCGGAAGCGAAGCAGUUGGGCCUCAGUCGCAUUUUGGUCGAGGACUUCAAGCUUGCAGUGCUGUAAAGCCUGCCCUGCAUGGCAGCUUGACUUCGCCGGAUGGAGCUUGGCCGGUUCAAAAUUCUUGGACUGGCUCAGCUCAAAUAGCUGUCUGCAGAAAUUCUUUGUAAUCGGUGGACAGGUACUUGAACAACCUUAUGUCUUGGUGACUGCACACCCGUGCUGGUGCUUGUGCAAGUCAAAGGCAAAA